GUAAAACAAAAGGCAAACAAUUAAUUACGGAACGAUAUUCUCAAAAUACAUUAAAUAAAUAAAUAAACAAAUACAUGCAAAGCAGAAGAAAAUGAAAAAGUUUGCAACUCUAAGAAGUAUUCUAAUGUUAUUAGCAUUUAUGAAUCCAUCGUUGAGUUUUACAAGUUUUGACGAUAUUUUCGGCUCAGCUACAAAAGUGGGCGGCUUCAUUGCUAAAGACUUGGCAAAUUUGGUGUCAAGUCCCAAAGUAGUGCUCGAUAAGGCUACAGAUGUCGGAACUUCUUUGCUAUCUCCUGCGAAAAUAUUUGAUGCCAGUAAACAGUUAAUAGCGGGUCUACCUUUCGAGGUCUUAGCGUCAGCAAUUCACGCGAUUUGUUCGCAGGCUUUGUCAUCGAAUGUCAUUCAACCGAAGAUUUUGCCCGAUAUUGAUCAAAUGCAGUUUCAGUUGCGAGCACAAUGUAAGCGUCAAAGUAUUCCAUUGCUUAGAGCUAAUGAAAUGUGGAAAAUGGCCGAAUUUGAUCCCAGCAAGAAAGUUGUAAUAUUAGCGACUGGUUGGUCAACAAGCAUUAAUGAUAGCGUUUCCAUCGAUGUGUUCGCUAAGGCUUUCCGUUGUCGUGGAGAUAUUAAUUUUGUGGCUGUCGAUGUCGCCCGGUAUGUGGAUACCUUAUAUACAUGGUCAGCCCUUAAUACAGAUAUAUUAGGCAAAUAUAUUGCGGAAGGAUUGAAAUUUUUAAUUGACGUUGUUCCAGUUAAAAAUAUUCAUUUAAUUGGGCACAGCUUGGGUGCUCAUAUAAUGGGUGCGGCCGGCCGUCAAUUUCAGGAGAUGACCCAUUUAAGAAUACCUCGUAUAACUGGCUUAGAUCCAGCUAAUCCCUGUUUUAAUGAGGGCGAUGCCUUAUCCGGCCUAAUGCGCGGUGACGCUGACUUUGUUGAUAUCAUUCAUAGCAAUAGUAACGUAUUAGGCAAAGGUCAGCCUAUGGGUGACGCCGAUUUCUAUCCUGGCGGUUUAAAACCUCUGGCUGAUGGUUGUUUAACAGUUGCUUGUUCGCACGAGAGAGCCUGGCAGUAUUUUGCAGAAACUAUUUACCCUGACAAUGAACGCAAUUUCGAGGCGUACCGAUGCAGCUCGUUGGCGGGAGUCGAAAAGGGAGAAUGUAGAUUUCAAAGCGCCUUUAUGGGUUAUGCUGUAGCAAACGAUAUUAAAGGCAACUACUUUAUGAUGGUAAACGAAAAUCCACCAUAUGGUCUGGGCGGAAGUGCACGGAGUGCGGCAGUGCAGGAAAAUUGCGGUGCGUGUCCGUACUAUUAAAAGAAACUUAUUAAAACAAUAAAAAACUUGUGUGUUUGGCUUUUAAUAUUAGUUUUAUUAAGGCUUUUCUUAAUGCAAAAACUACUUUACUUUUAUAUCGUUAUUGUGUAGCUUGGAAGUUCGCGAGCUUUAAGUUGAACUUUUAAUUGUCAAUGAUUUUA